UAUUAAUUCUUUAUUAACAAUUGUUUAACAUUUUCAGAAGUGGGAUAUGGAUUCACGUAGCAGGAGCAGGUCCCGUAGUCCAGUGCGGUGGGACAACACGCGACUGGAACGACGAGGACGCAGCAGCAGUAGCCGCAGGCGCAGCCGUGAGCGUACACCGAGGCGUUGGGCUCCUUGGCGGCCGCGACAAUCUGUGGAUCGUGAGCCGCCUGCUGCGCUGGAUGAACCUGGUAGGAUCAAUCCAAAUUAUUAUGGUGUAAUGGUGAAACCUGACAUUAUCCCGGAGUUCGAUCCUGAAAAGUCGGAGCUACCAGCGCAACAAUGGCUCAACAAAAUUGAACAACUGGGCGCCAUUCACGGUUGGUCUGAUAGUGUUAAAAGCUAUUAUAUGCAGUCACGCCUGUCGGGCUUAGCAAAAAUGUGGCAUAAUGCUUUACGGAGUUACGAAAUGACAUGGCUUGAAUGGAAGGAGCGGAUUCUUGAGGCUUUCCCUCAAAACUUGGACUAUGCUGAGGCUCUUAAGGAAAUGAUCAAUAGAAAGAAAUCAUUUAGUGAAACAAUGACACACUAUUUUUACUCUAAAUGCAGCUUGUUAACGAAAUGCGAAAUCACUGGUGAUAAGGCUGUGUCUUGUUUGAUUGAAGGGCUACCAUUUCACUUAAGAACCUCAGCUAGAGCAGGUAACUACAGAACCCCUGGUGAGUUAUAUUCUCAGUUCUUGUGUAUGAACGAUGACAAAAAGGGACCUCCAAGCCGACAAUAUCCAACACGUGGCAGAGAUUUUAACGCUCCUAGUACGUCGAAGGAAGUGACCGCAGGAGAACAGAAGCCUACAUCAUCAUCAAACAAACCAUCUGUAACCUGUUUCUUAUGCAAGGAAGCAGGUCACGUCGUGCGGUCCUGUCCGAAGAAUCCCAACGCUGUUAAAUGUGACAUCUGUGGGAAGACGAACCACAAGACGGAGCAGUGUUUCCGGAAGGCUUCGGUGAAUCUUGUUGAUUCUCAGAGUCGCAAAGUCGUCAGGAUGGACGAGUGUCAAUAACGGCCAUAGAAGUCUCUCAAGCAGCCAAUAGAUGGCGCGAUGGUUGCCUCGAUGGAGCAACGUCACUGCCAUCAACACGUCAAACCAGUUCGUUUUCAUCAUGGCCGCAAGAAAGCGCUCGUUCGUCACAACAAUGAUGCCAGCAUUCCCGCCAAAACGGACCAAUCAGCGGCGUUCGUACCAGUCACGCUACGGGAAUCUCGCAACGUGAUUGGCCGAGGCAACUGUAACCAGAUUAUUGGAGGGAGUUCGUUAUCCGGCCGUUCCAAAAUGUAGACCGACGCGGGCAUUAC